AUGAUGGUCCGGCUGAACUCGAAUGUCACUCAACCGCCCAUCCGUCAACCGCAAACUCACGCGUUCGGGAUCACGAGGUCCAGCCGGCUGAAGUGGUUGCGGCACGUGUGCACUCGAAUUGCGCAGAAAUACGAUCGACCAAAAAUCAAACAUCCAGUGACAGUGAUGACCAUGACAAAUGAGAAUACUAUCGGUGAACUUGGAACACAAAGGAAAUGUGUCCAAAUGCGACCGCAUUCAUUUUUCGCCUUGGAUACUCGAUUUUUUCACAUCAUAUUUAUCGGUUUGGGCCUGAUAACAUCCACGUAUCUGGUUGCUCAGGUUUUUCUGUUGCACCAAGUUCACUCCGGAUCGAUGAAUUUCGCUCGGAAAUCGGGUGAACUAAGCAAUCAAACCAACUUGGCCAACUGUCGGUCUGAGGUUGCAGUACCGGUAGACUCGGGAUUUCCCGUGCUACAAAUGACAGGAAUCGCGCUGGCUAUUUGUUUAGUACUCCUGCAAACUGCGUUCAUUGGAUGUGGUCCCAAGACGAGCUAUCGGGCACCCAGCACACUGGAAUUGUGGCUCCUAUCUCAUCUGUUCAGUACCAAUUUGAUUAUGUGGUUUAUCAAUCAUGGACAUCCGGUUCCAAUUGGCACAUUCACUUUCCCACCGGGUAGCUCUGCGCUGCCGAAAUCCACAUUGUUGCACUUCUGCCCGGAUUAUCUGAAGAAGAGAGUUUUAAAGCUGGAGGAUGGAAAUAUUGACCUGGUUUCUGGCUGA